AUGAUGGAUGACAAUAUUGUGCCUUCAAGCAUAAUCAAAUUACUAUAUGAUAAAAGUUAGGAUAAGAAACAUAAAGGAUGUUAAUAAUUAAGAUUAUUAGUUCAAUCUUAUGCAAUAAAUGGAAAAGAAUUGUUAAUUAAAUAAAUAAUAGAAACUUUAAAAAUAAAAUUUACAACUUCAUCUUAAUUUUACUUAAAAAGAUAGGGAAUGUAUGCAAUAUAAACAGUGGCAGAAAUAUUAGUGAAAGAAGUAAUUGGAAUAUUGAUAAAUAGUCUCCAUAAUUAGCUGAGAGAUGCAGAAAAGAUAGGGGAUUAAAUAUUUAAGAAACUAUGUUCACUUCUUAAUCCUUAAUAAGUUUAUUUCACAAUAACGGCAAAAUUAUUGGAAAUAUACUCAGAUAAUGA